CGGGCCCUGGGCUGUGGGCGCCCGGGCGCCCGAGGCUUCCCGGUGCGCUUGUCCAGGAUGGCAUUAGGUCUGUGUCUGCAGGUGCUGUGCAGCCUGGGUGGCUGGCUCUCACUCUAUGCAUCUUUCUGCCGCCUGAAUAAGCACCGAAGCUAUGAGUGGAGCUGCCGGCUGGUGACCUUCACCCAUGGAGUCCUCUCUAUAGGCCUGUCUGCUUAUAUUGGCUUCAUUGAUGGCCCUUGGCCUUUUACCCACCCAGGCUCUCCGAACACACCCCUCCAAGUUCACGUUCUGUGUCUUACCUUGGGCUACUUCAUCUUCGACUUGGCCUGGUGCAUCUAUUUCCAGUCUGAGGGGACCCUGAUGCUGGCUCAUCACACACUGAGCAUCUUGGGAAUCAUCAUGGCCUUAGUGCUUGGGGAGUCGGGCACAGAGGUCAACGCAGUUCUCUUUGGAAGUGAGAUCACCAACCCACUGCUCCAGCUGCGCUGGUUUCUCCGUGAAACAGGCCACUACCACAGUUUCACUGGGGAUGUGGUGGACUUCCUCUUUGUGGCUCUGUUCACUGGUGUGAGGAUUGGCGUAGGCGCUCAUCUCCUCGUCUGUGAAAUGGUUUCACCCACACCCAAGUGGUUUGUGAAGGUUGGGGGGGUAGCGAUGUACGCUGUGUCUUGGUGCUUUAUGGUUAGUAUCUGGCGCUUUGCAUGGAAGAAGAGCAUCAAGAAGUAUCAUGCAUGGAGAAGCAGGCAGAAUGAGGAGCGACAAGUAAGACAUAAUGGGCAUCUCAAAACACACUAGCCAAGGCCUGCUCCCAGUGAAUGGCUUGGGUUGAACUGGCCGUGGGGCCAGGGUCAGAAACAGAACUGAGCUUAUAGUGCUGAAGAAGUGAGCUUAAUAGUGCACUUAGGUUUUGAAAAAGGGCUAAAUGAACCCAUCACUUCAGUCAGUUUCCAAGCUAAGCACAUGCAGUAUUGAAACACUCACUCCUGCAGUGGUAUUUGCAUAUCCGCAGUGGUGACUGACAUUGCCUCCGUGCUGACUGGCAAGUGGGUAAAACUGUAUAGUGAGAGCCAUUGUCACCUGUUUUGGGGUCCCCGUGUUCAUGGGAGGCCUGAUAAUCAGACAGCUUUUGAAAAGGACUUGAGUCAAAUUAGUGCUGUUUCUUGCUCUUUUGGAAAUAACUCCAUCCCCACACUUACUCCUGAUUUCCACGAGACAUUUUAAGUACGUUCACCCCAUGUGCUAUAAAGGGAGGAACUCUCCGGAGGGGACAUGCGUUAGGUAUCCAAGUAUCUGUGAAUGGGAUCUGUUAUGCAGAGAGGGACAGAAGAAUGGGAGUGAAACUAGCAAUGGCAGGGACUCCCCACUGAGCCUCCCUACACUAACUGUGUCAGAGGUUCCCAAGGAUAUCCUUGGUUUCCAUGAUUCAUCAAGACGACUCAGGGCUUAGCCUUCAGUCUCACCGCUUUGAUCUGUGACAAUGACAGGAAACAGAGACGACUCAGCAAAGGGAAGAGGAACCUUUGUCAAAGCUCAUGGAAUCUAAGCAUAAGUUUCUAAAGUCUCCUGCUUGGAUAUGCAGGAGUGAUUCAUGACAACACACAUCAAAGUCAUCAAAGACAUGGUGUCCAGAGCUUUUGCUGUCAAUAGGUUCUGUAAGCUCGUUCUAAGUAACACAAGGCAAAUUUCAGGAUUUCCCGAAGCAGGCAUUCAGCGUAAGCCAUAUUGUUUCAGAAACAGUUUGGGAGCCGUGAGGCAGUCCUAACAGUUUCUGUGGGAGCCCUCUCCAAGCUGAAGUUCCUAGGUGCCAGCCAAGGGCUAACAUUGCAAGCAGGCCUCUGCAAGGAUAGCAGUUCAGGAUUGCUGUGUUAACUCUUGUGUGCACAAAAACUGUACAGCUAGUGCUUUGGAUGCAAGAUGAACGAGGUUUGGGUAGAUUUAGAUUUACUUGGUCCUGUUGUACGGGUUCUGCCCUACCAGGAAAAGUAUGCCAGUUCUCAGGGCUUUUGUGAAUUAAUCUGCUAGGCAUGAGAGGCGAUGGCUAAAUUCCAUGGGGAUUUACCAUGUGGAUUCCACUGUACUUGAGAUGGAGUUCAGGUUUCAGCUCCUGGUACAUACUGCAAACUAGAACCAAAGAUUUCAAUAUAUGUAUUAGCCUCAGGGUAAUGAAGCUAUUUCCUUCCUUCUUCCCUGCCUUUCUUCCUUCUUCAUCUCCCUCACUCCUUCCGUUCCUCCCCUCAUUCUUUUCUUUUCUUUGUUUCAGAUACAUUCCCUUUUUAUCACUUUUUCCCCCUCUCCUGAGAUAUGGUCUUGCUUGUAUAGUUCAGUCUAGCCUUGAACUCUAUUCUCCUGCUUAAGCCUCCUCAGUGCUAGGAUUACAAUCCUGUGCCACCAUGCCUGGCUCCGAUGUAGGGCUUUAAUGGAAAAAAAAAAGUAUUACUUGUUUAUGUAUUUGAUAUUUUUACUGUUAUUUAGAUCAAUGGUGAUUGGUUAAUUCAGGGGGUAAACCAGGGAAUGAUGCCCCUGAAGAUGCAAGGCUGAGUCAGUUCAGCAAGCAGUGUCAGUAUCUUCUAUAGUCACUGGCUACAUUCACCUAAUGAGUGAAUUUCCAAAUGAUGGCAUUAGCCAUCAUACCAGCCAUGAGGGAGAGGCUGGAAACCAGACAUUCUUCCAAAUGGAAAGGCACUUUAGCAGUGGGACCUUUAAGGUGACUGUUAUAUAAUUAAAGGGAUCGCUUUUGGCUGUUGGGUUUUUGUUUUUUUGGACAGGUAGGACCAUGCCUCCUUUUUGUAUGAUUUGUGUCUCAGAUUUGCCAGCAAAUCUUUCCAGCAAAACUGUGGGUAGAAUUGGAAACUGGGGAAUGCUGAUUUCAGCAAAAUCGUAGUCAAAAAGAGUGGCUUGGCACACGAGCAUAAAGGAAAAACAAAACAAAACUGGCUUUUGUAUUUUGGCACCAUGCAACCUGCUCCCGACCAGACAAGUGAACAGGCUUAAUCUAAUGCUGGCUGUUUUCUCCCUUUAUCCUCAGAACUAAAGGAUUGUGGAUCUUUGUUUGAAGCAAACUCAAGGGAAUGUCUGUAGGGUUAUUUAUUUAUUUAUUUUCUUGAUAAUAAGACUCCUGAACAAGUGAUACAGGGGGAGGGAUUCUUCACUCCUGCUUGUCUUGAUAUUCUAGCUAGUAAGUACGAAGAAGUUUCCCUUAGAGACAAAGGUGAAGAUGACUCAGAAGUUGAGGUUGCCUGUUUUUACAACAUAAGUGAAUGAAGGGCAGAUUAGUGUGUGAUGCAUCCCCAGACACAAAAGGGAAUACUUACUUGCAUUUGAAUUACUGUGUAAUCAUCGCUGAUGUUGCUCAAGAAGGAUUUAUAUUUCAAUACGAUUUGUACUAAAUUUUAUAAAAAUAAAAUAACUUUUAUAAA